CAUAUAAACAUAUUUCUGCGUUACUAGAACACCCUUGGAAAGAAUUCACUGCUCAUUACUAUCUAUACUGAUCACAUGUACUUUCAGAAGUUGGUCCUGUGUGUCAUGGUGGCAGUAGUGGCCGCGGCGCCACAGGGAUACGGUCCACCUCCACGUCCCUCCUACAGCGCCCCCGCAGGUGCUGUAGUUCCCAUCCUGAAGGAUGAUCGUCAGGGACCUGACCAGGCCGGCAACUAUAACUUCAACUUCGAGACUGGUGAUGGCAUCAGUCGUCAGGAACAGGGCGCCCCCCAGGGCCCAGCUGGUGCCGUGGCAGCCCAGGGAGGAUGGUCGUUCACCUUCCCCGACGGCAGUCCAGGAGUCUUCAAGUUCGUUGCUGACGGUGCAGGUUACCGCGUCGAGUCUCCACUGCUGCCCACGCCCCAUCCUCUCCCAGCCCACGCCAUCGCCCAGAUCGAGUUUGCCCGUCAGCAAGAAGCUGCUGGUCCCAGACCCACGUACGGCGCUCCUGCCAGACCAGGAUACAACUAAACGAUGACUACCACACACACGUCCCUUCUUAAUCCACUGUCUUGUCCUCCCAUCCUAAGUAAAUAAACAAUAUUGUCAGCAGCAUGCUGACGCUAUCUUGAAUAAGAUGUACAAAGUUAUGACAUUUGGUUGUUUUUAGGAGUUGCAUCCAGGGUCACCUUAUGGUCCCUGUUUGCUCCACAAGGACAAUAGUGUUGAUCACUAAUAGAACACAGUGAA